AUGGUUAUAUUUGUUCUUCUUUGGCGAGAAACACAAGGUGACAUGACACGCGGGAGUAGGUUGGUUCCUUCACAGUUCACACAGAGCGAACGUUUUUAUGUUGCUGGUCUGGUCUAUGAGCUGCAAGUGACUGUCCAGUUGUCGGUCAGGGAAAUCAAAAUGUCAACAAGUGAAAACUUACGGGUGGAGUUAUUGUCCAGGACCCCGCCUUUUGGUUUGAGACUAUGGGUUGUGCUUGGCAUAAGCAUUUGGGCUGCAAUUCUGUUUGUCCUAGGCCUCAUAUGCUUCCUGUUGGUAUACUGGAGGAGACGAGGGAAUCAUCAUGAUAUUGCUGAGCCUGAAAUCCCAGAUGUAACCAAAGAGAUUGCAGUAGAUGAAGUUGGUAGCCGAGCUUUCGUGGAGAACAUCAGUGCCCCAGAAAGUCACAUCUUUCCAGUGAAGGAGAGAGAUCCAGAGAAAGAAUCGGGGAAAAUGUUCGCUCACUUGAUUACGAGCAAAUCAAGUGAUGAUCAUAAUUUGAUUGAGUGCAGCUCGCACCAAUAUGAUAGGGCCCAGGAGUUAUACUCUGGUGAUGAAGGCAGUUCAGCAUAUGAUAAGAGGGAGUACUCUCAGUGUGCCACCAUGUCCAUGUCUCCUCGAGCUGGUCUCCCAGAGUUCUCUCACCUGGGUUUGGGUCAUUGGUAUACUCUCAGAGAGUUGGAGCAUUCAACAAAUGGGUUCUCUAAUGAGCAUAUCAUUGGAGAGGGCGGAUAUGGGGUUGUUUAUCAUGGCCGUCUUAUAAAUGGAACUGAUGUUGCAAUCAAAAAACUUUUUAAUAACCUGGGCCAGGCAGAGAAAGAGUUCAGGGUCGAAGUUGAGGCCAUUGGUCAUGUUAGGCAUAAGAAUCUGGUGCGACUUCUGGGUUACUGUGUCGAGGGAAGCCACAGGAUGCUUGUCUACGAAUACAUCAGCAACGGCAACUUAGAACAGUGGUUGCAUGGUGCGAUGCGUCAACAAGGUGUUCUUACCUGGGAAGCCCGCAUAAAAAUUACCCUUGGCAUUGCUAAAGCACUGGCUUAUUUGCAUGAAGGCAUAGAGCCAAAAGUUAUUCACCGUGAUAUCAAAUCCAGUAAUAUCCUUAUUGACGAAGAAUUCAAUGGAAAACUUUCUGACUUUGGAUUAUCUAAGCUCUUGGGUGAAGGGAAGAGCCAUAUAACUACUCGAGUUAUGGGGACUUUUGGCUAUGUAGCCCCUGAAUACGUAAAUACUGGACUGCUAAAUGAAAAGAGCGACGUGUACAGUUUUGGGGUACUACUCUUGGAAGCGGUGACUGGAAGGGAUCCUGUUAACUACAGCCGGCCUGCCAAUGAGGUCCAUAUGGUGGAGUGGCUUAAACAGAUGGUUGGCAGCAGGAAAGCAGAGGAGGUGGUUGAUCCUGAAAUGGAGGCUAAACCAACUAAACAGGCUCUCAAGCGUGCUCUCCUAGUCGCGCUCAAGUGUGUAGACCCCGUUGCUGGCAGAAGGCCUACUAUGGGUCAGGCCGUUCGUAUGCUCGAAGCAGAGGAUGGGCUAUCACGGGAGCCGGCCAAGAGGAAGGGUCGGAGGCACGCGCCAAAGCUCGAAGCAGCGGCCGUCGCCGCCCUCUCCGCCGCCGCACAACAGGAGGAAAGCAAUGCCCGAGUCGCCACAACAACGAGGGAGGCCUUGCUCUACGUAGGGUUAAACCCUGGCCAGCACGGGCUCGUCAGCGUCGCCGUGGCCGCGGCCAGCAUGUGCUCGUCGGCAUUUCUUCGGAUGGUGCUGCUAGAGUCGCCCCGCACGUCUGCCACACAGCCGAUUCCCGACUUCCAUGUCUAUCCGCAAGCCUUCCGCUUCUUCGGGGAAUGCUUGCCGGAGAUGAGCGUGGUGGCUCCGCCCAUGCCCGCGGCCGCGCCCAUGGCCUUCGACCUCAACGCCACAGAGGUGGCCGGUGCAUCAUCCUCCGGAGGGGCGAGGAAACGCCCGCGGGAGAUACCAGCCAACAUGCUUCCCGGCGCCUGCAACCUGUUUGACAGAGUGCCGGCCGCCGGUGAUGACAAAACGGCCAACUGUUUCAUCAUCGAGAACAUCAUCUUCGAAGGCGGUGGGGGGGUCACAGUUUGGCGCGUUAAAGCGCCCUCUGCUGCUUAA